CACGUCAGUGUCAAUGUCAGUACCUGGACAACCAGGUAUUCAGGCACGUAUUCAGUUUAUUUCAUUUUCAGUUCUGAAUAACACAAAACUUCAGUAAAUAGUGUUAAAGUUAUAGUUAGACAGCACAAAACAAUACUAUUUAGUCAGUAGCUAGGUUGAUAUAAUACAAUGGAUCUUACUAUAUUUAUUUGGACUGUUAUUGUGUACGGUUUAGCGGCCGCUGCAAGUUUACUUUUGAUGUUGUCUGUCAUACUGUACUUGAUUACCAACCCAUAUCCUGUGGUGGAGAGGUUCCCUGAGGAGAGCACAUUCAAUGACGCGAAAACGAAAAGAAAACUUCCAUUUCCCAACAUUGCGGAGCCAAACAGUGUGCACCUGAGUGUAGUGGUGCCUGCUUACAAUGAGGAAGAGAGGUUGCCGCCCAUGCUGGAUGAGGCCAUAGAAUUCUUAGAGAACCGAGUGAAAGAGCAACCUUCAUAUAAGUACGAAAUAAUCGUAGUGAGUGAUGGCAGUAGAGAUAAGACAGUCCAAGUGGCUGAAGGGUAUGCAGAAAAGUAUGGGAGCGAGAAAGUACGGUGCCUUCCACUGAUCAAGAAUAGAGGAAAAGGUGGUGCAGUCCGACUGGGUGUCGAAAGCAGUAGAGGAGCAAGUAUUUUAUUUGCGGAUGCAGAUGGAGCUUCAAAAUUCGAAGAUUUAACUAAGUUAGAAGGAGCAUUGUUGGAUCUUACAAAGUGUGACCCACUGGCCCAACCAGAUGAACUGAGCAAUGAAAUAGCUAUUGUCAUCGGGUCUAGGGCGCAUCUUGAAAAAGAAUCUUUAGCUACACGUAGCGUGUUCAGAAAUAUUCUAAUGUAUGGAUUCCACUUCCUGGUGUGGCUGUUCACUGUGAAGGGCAUCAAGGAUACACAGUGCGGCUUCAAACUGUUCACUAGAAGAGCCGCCAAUAUUUGUUUUAAGAGUUUGCAUGUAAAUAGAUGGGCGUUCGACGUAGAAUUAUUGUACAUAGCACAAAAACUAGACAUUCCAAUUGCUGAAAUUCCGGUGAGAUGGACAGAAAUCGAGGGCUCCAAAGUAACGCCAGUACUGUCCUGGGUACAGAUGGGAUGUGACCUGGGACUCAUUUGGCUCAAAUAUACCAUUGGAGCGUGGAAAAUAAGUCAAAAAACAGAGUAGACGAAUAUUUUUGUAAUUCGAAUAAAAAAUCAAAUAUUUUCGGUCGUGAACAAUUUGGAGCUAUAUAAUGCAACUCUCAAUUAAAUAAUUCACGCUAAUCAUAGUCAAUUUAUAGCGUUAUCCAAAUAAACCGCAUUUGUAAAACUAGGGUUAUCAUAAUUAAAACAAACGCUUUUAUUAAGAAACAUUUAUUGAAAAGUGUAUUUACCUUAAAUACGAAAAAUAAUAAUUGAAACAUUAAAAAUAUAUUUUACACAAUGUGAUCAUCAUUUAUUUAUAAGCUGUAAUAUUAGAGAAUAAUUGCUUCACAAUUGUAAACUUAAUAAACUUAAAACUACUUGAAUAACUUUAUUUGAAAGCAGUGUUGUCACUUCCGGACAGGCAUUUUCGUAACAUAUUUUUUACAUUGGAAUCUACAUACUUGCAAAGUUAUUUUAAAAUAAGUUUCCAAACGUAAAAAAUAUUAAAUACUAAACAUAAGGAAAGUUUUACUUUAGUACACACAUUUUAUACUUAUUUUAAAUAAUUAAAUGAUGUACUUUUUAAA